UCCCCGGGCUGCCGGCCCGUAGCUGAGCCGGGGCCCGAUGAGCAAGGCGUGGCGGAGAGGGGGCGCCCCCGGCGGCAGGAUGGAGGGGGCCGAGGCGGGGGACCAGGACGAGUCCAGCGGGCACGGUUCCCACAAGAAGAAGCACAAGAAGCACAAGAAGAAGCACAAGAAGAAGCAUCACCAUGAGAACGUGGGCCCCAGCUUCUCCUCCGAGACCCUGGAGCCCAGCCCCUUGCUCCCCAAGCCCCAGCUCAAGCUCAAAAUCAAGCUGGGGGGGCAGAUUCUGGGCACCAAGAGCGUGCCGACCUUCACGGUGAUCCCCGAGGUGCCGCGCUCGCCUUCCCCUCUGAUGGUCGUGGACGACGAGGACGAGCCCAUGGAGGGGGUCCCCAUUGAGCAGUAUCGGGCCUGGCUGGAUGAAGACAGUAACCUGGACCCAUCGCCCCUGCCGGACCUGGACUCGGAGAGCUGCUUCCCCGCCCGCGAGGACGAGGAGGAGGAGCGCUGGCUGGAUGCGCUGGAGAAGGGCGAACUGGACGACAACGGCGAGCUCAAGAAGGAGGUGGAUGAGUCGCUGCUCACGGCCAGACAGAAAGCCCUCCUGCACAAGCAGCAGAGCCAGCCGCUCCUGGAGCUGCCCAUGGGCUACAAGGCGAAGGAGAUGACGGAGGAGAUGCUGGUGAAGCGGGAGGAGCGAGCCCGCAAGCGGCGCCUGCAGGCGGCCAAGAAGGCGGAGGAGAACAAGAACCAGACCAUCGAGCGCCUCACCAAGACCAACAAGGCCAAGGUGAAGACGCUGCGGGAGCGCAAGGCCAAGCAGGCCCCGUGCCCCAUGAUUCGCUACUGCAACGCCGCGGACCGGAUCACCGUGUCCUUCCCGCCCGGGGUCACGCUGCCCCUGCCGCCCUGCGCGCCCCCGCCCGUGCCUGCACCCACCACCUGCGGGGUCAGCGGCUGCCCCAACCGCAAGCGGUACUCCUGCUCGCGCACCGGCGUGCCCCUCUGCAGCUUCGCCUGCUACCAGAAGAACCUGCAGCUGCAGGAGGCGGUCGGCUAGGGGUCCUGGCGCUGACCCUGGCCAGGCGCCA